AAAAAACAUGGCCGGUGAGUAGUUGCGCCAGAUUUGCCAACGAUCGCAAUUAUUUGUAUGUAGAAACGUUACCACAAUCAUGUCGUUUUCAGAUUUAUAUGCAAAAUAUAAUUGUACAUAUUGUCAAGAAGAAAUAAAUGGUAUACGCGUGAGAUGUGCAGAAUGUAUCGACUUUGAUAUUUGUUUGCAGUGUUUUUCAUUAGGUGCCGAAAUAGGUUCACAUAAAAAUGACCAUUCUUAUCAAUACAUGGACUCUGGAGCAUUCGGGAUAUUUUUAGGACGCAGCAACUGGUCAGCUAACGAAGAAGUUAGAUUAUUAGAUGCUAUAGAACAAUUUGGAUUUGGUAAUUGGGAAGAUAUAGCAAAACACAUAGAAACAAGAACACCAGAAGAGGCAAAAGAUGAGUAUAUUACAAGAUAUUUAGAAGGAAGCAUUGGUCGGGCCACUUGGGGUAACGUAGAAAGUACUUCUAGACCGUCACUACACUGUGCUGACAAAGAUGAUGGACCCCUUGGUCCCAAUGCUGUGUCUAGACUGCCACAUCUUGCUGUUACCUCAGAUGAAGCUGCACAGCUGGGUUACAUGCCAAAUAGAGAUGACUUUGAAAGGGAACACGACCAUGACGCGGAACAAUUAGUCUCAACACUGUCUUUGAAUUCUGAAGAUGAUGAGUUAGACGUUGCUCUGAAGCUGUCGCAAGUCGACAUAUAUGUGCGCCGGUUACGAGAGAGGACCAGAAGGAAAAGACUCGUAAGGGAUUUUCAGUUGGUCUCAAUAUUCUUCAAUAACCAGCGAAACAAACAGAAAACUCUAGGCAAACUCGCAAAAGAGAAAAAGGAGUUCACUGAGCGCCUCCGUUGGACGGCUCAGUUCUACGGGCGUUCGGAACAGGCGGCCGUAGUGGCUGGGUUGUGGCGCGAGCGAGAGCUCAGAGUGAGACUGGCGGAGUUGCACCGGUACAGGCUAGCGGGCGUCACUAGGCUUGAAGAAUGCGCUCACUAUGAACAACACGCGGCACACAGGAAGCAUCCCAAUGCGCAGCCCCACCAUCUCGACGUGAGACCCCGAUCCGUGGGCAGCAGUGGGUGCCUGGACACCAAUCAGACAAAAGAGCUAACGCAGACCAGCUCGCAGCAGCAAAGAAAAAGAGACGGCGAAAACGGCUCAAGUUCCACCAGCCCAAAGUGCAUACGGGACGGAAGUACCGCAUGUGGAUGCUCCAAAAAGAGCUCAUGCAACGGCGUCUGCUCGAAGCAUCUGCUGACCAAUAAUGAGAUACAGCUCUGCACGUCGUUAAGUCUCCCUCCGGCUCAGUACGUGACUAUGAAGGGCGUGUUGUUGAGACGCGCCCCGGCACCAGACGCGGACCUCGAUAUAGCUGUACGACAGUACUUGCACGCAGCCGGGUGGAUACGUAACUAGUCUUACAAUCACUAUCUAUUUAUCUAGCAAAAAUACAUUGUAUUUAUUUUUUAAUGUUUUAACACAUACCAAUAACACUUUUUUAACGGUAAUAAAGCGCGAUUUUAUUUAAAUCAAAGUAUUUAUUCAGUUUACGCUUUCACAAGCACAUAUGACAGUCGAAAGCUACGCCAUCUUUGCUGACCUUGUGCUGAGAAGAACCGGCACGAAACUUGGCAACGACUGCUUAUUUUCUCUCCCAGUUUUAUUUCAUACAGUGUCGUCAAUGGGGAAGAAAACGCAAAGUUCAUUACAGAUGGUGCUUUAUCCGUUUGGCCCAUGACAAGCAACCUGUCACUUAAAGGCUCUGUUCUUAAUAUACGCUCCGAAAGCAACUUUUUGCUCUAAUGAU